GGCGCGGAGAAUGAACACGUACAUGUCUUGAAGCACUGCAUUGCAGCCAGGGUGGCUUCGUCUUCCACUUGAUUCUCAUUCGACUCUCUCGAAAUCCUAGCACCCAUCACUCGCCAAAUGGGUCUUUUCGAUUUUUUUUUGCAAAAGCGUAGAAUGAGUAUUUUGCCGGAGGAUAUCGUAGUGUUCAUUAUAGGUCCUUCAGGCUCCGGGAAGAGCUGGUUUUUGAGCACCCUGUUGCAAAAUCCAAACGUUCACGCCCUCGUUAAGGUCAGCGGAGAACACAAGUCUAGUGAGGUCCAUGUGGUAAGGUGCCGUUUUGAAGGGAUACCGAACGACAUCCUCCUCGUGGACACUCCGUCGUUUUACGUUGAUGAUGGUUCGGAUGCAGAGGCAACUUUGAAAAGAUGGAUGGAUUCCAACGAUAUGAAGAAGAGCUGGGCAGUUGGAAUUCUGUAUAUGCAUAACAUUGCAUUGAACCCCUACGACGAUAAUCUUCGGUUGUUAAAGCACAUCGGGGCAUUCCGACGUACGUGCCGGAGAGAUCUCUCUCACAACACCGUUUACGUCGUCCCGAGUGUGGCUUCGGAGGUAAGGCUCUCUUCUGAGAGGAUUGAAGCAUCCAUGUCACGACUGCAACGUGAGACGGUGGACGGAGGUACAUUAAUGUGUACGACAUUGUUUGACGGGAAAUCAGAGAUCGCGUGGGACAUCAUGCAGGAACUAUUUAAUAAUCUGGAGCCCUGCACUCGGGUAUAGACGAGACCAGGAGAUCAGGAAGGUUCCAGAGAGACAGGUGCAAGUCAUAGCUUUCG